UCGUGUACAAUACAAAAAACAUAUAGCGAGAUUUAUGUGAUAGGUUUCAUUCAUAUUCAUAUGAUUCCACCACGUAUUUUGUGUUGUACACAAAUGUUGUGUAAGUAUAUUUUCGCGGGUAUAUAAGAUAACGGCCAGUCCCCGCAGCUCCCUCGCCUUCAAGUCAGGUCUGGUUCCCACCACUGGCUCCCGUUUUCGGUCUCUCUCUCUCUCUUGGAGAACUCUGAGAACCUGUUCUGAGAGAUCUGUGGAAAACAAUGGAGAAUAUGCUGAAGGACUUCGAGGUGGAGGCCAAGAACCCGUCGGAAGCGGCUCAGAGGAGAUGGAGGAAGGCGGUCACCAUAGUGAAGAAUCCCCGCCGGAGGUUCCGCAUGGUCGCCGAUCUCGCCAAGCGCUCCGAGGGCGAGAAGAAGAAGCUCAAAAUCCAGGAAAAGAUACGAGUCGCACUUUAUGUUCAAAAAGCAGCAAUACAGUUCAUUGAUGCUGGUGGUCGAGCUGAAUACAAGCUAUCGGAAGAGGCUAGAGAAGCAGGUUUUAGUAUUCACCCAGAUGAACUUGCAUCAAUUGUUCGUGGUCAUGAUUUUAAGGGCUUGAAAAUCUAUGGUGGAGUUGAGAGGAUUGCGAGGAAAGUCUCUGUCUCACUGAAUGAAGGAAUCAGUGAAAACGAUUUACCCACUAGGCAAAAAAUUUAUGGAUUCAACCAGUAUACAGAAAAACCUUCCAGAACUUUUUUGAUGUUCAUGUGGGAUGCAUUUCUGGACCUUACACUAAUCAUGCUUAUGGUUUGUGCUUUGGUGUCUCUUGCGGUAGGAAUUCCUACUGAAGGGUGGCCAAAAGGCAUAUAUGAUGGUUUGGGUAUUAUUAUUAGUAUAUUCUUGGUAGUCAUGGUUACUGCCAUCAGUGACUACAGGCAGUCCUUGCAAUUCAAGGAUUUGGAUAGGGAAAAGAAGAAGAUUUUUAUAAACGUAACUAGAGAUGGAAAAAGAAAAAAAGUUUCUAUAUUUGAAUUGGUCGUUGGAGAUAUAGUUCACUUGUCAAUUGGUGAUCAAGUUCCAGCAGAUGGAAUUUAUAUAUCAGGAUACAGUUUGUUGAUUGAUGAAUCAAGCUUGUCAGGUGAAAGCGAGCCAGUGAAUGUACAUGAGGAGAAACCUUUUCUUCUUUCAGGAACUAAGGUGCAAGAUGGUUCAGGAAAGAUGUUGGUGACAGCAGUUGGAAUGAGGACUGAAUGGGGAAAGUUGAUGGAAACUCUGAACGAGGGGGGAGAAGAUGAGACUCCAUUGCAGGUGAAGCUAAAUGGUGUUGCUACAGUUAUUGGUAAAAUUGGCUUGACUUUUGCUGUGCUGACAUUUUUGGUAUUGGUAGGGAGGUAUCUAUUGGAAAAAGCACUUAACAAUGAGUUCUCAGAUUGGUCAUCAAGUGAUGCACUGACGAUUCUGAACUACUUUGCUACUGCAGUAACCAUUAUUGUUGUUGCAGUCCCUGAAGGAUUACCAUUGGCAGUGACUUUGAGCCUAGCUUUUGCAAUGAAAAAAUUGAUGGAGGAAAGGGCACUUGUGAGGCAUCUCUCCGCAUGUGAGACAAUGGGUUCUGCUAGUUGUAUUUGCACGGAUAAGACAGGAACAUUGACCACAAACCAUAUGGUGGUUGAAAAAAUAUGGAUCUCUGAAAAAAUUAUGGAGGUAAAAGGUAAUGCGAGUGAUGAUGUGUUGAAAUCGGAAAUUUCUGGGAAUGUUCUAGGCAUCCUAUUGCAGGCUAUAUUUCAAAAUACUGGCUCCGAAGUGGUUAAGGAUGAAAGUGGAAAGGAUACCAUUUUGGGAACACCAACAGAAUCAGCACUCCUAGAAUUUGGCUUGCUUUUGGGGGGCAAUUUUGAUGCCCAGCGCAGAGAAUUUAAGAUACUUAAGGUUGAGCCUUUCAAUUCAGUGAGGAAGAAGAUGUCUGUGCUUGUUGCUCUUCCUGAUGGAGGAGUACGUGCAUUUUGCAAAGGUGCAUCUGAAAUGAUAUUAGGAAUGUGUGACAGAGUUGUAGAUAGCAAUGGAGAAUCUGUUCCUCUUCCUGAAGAACAGGAAAAGAAUAUCGCAGAUGUUAUAAAUGGCUUUGCAUCCAAAUCUCUGAGGACUCUAUGCUUGGCUUUUAGAGAUAUAGAUAACACUUCCAGUGAGAACAACAUCCCUGAUAAUGGUUAUACAUUGAUAGCAGUUGUUGGAAUCAAGGAUCCUGUGCGCCGUGGGGUUAAGGAAGCAGUUCAAACUUGUUUAGCUGCUGGAAUAACUGUUCGUAUGGUCACUGGUGACAAUAUAAAUACAGCUAAGGCCAUUGCUAGAGAGUGUGGUAUACUCACAGAGGAUGGAGUGGCCAUAGAAGGACCAGAAUUUCGCAGCAUGUCUCUUGAGCGGAUGAAGGAAAUUAUACCAAGAAUUCAGGUUAUGGCUCGGUCUUUGCCACUGGACAAGCACACCUUGGUAAAACAUCUGAGGGGUAUGUUUGGUGAGGUUGUUGCAGUUACUGGCGAUGGGACCAAUGAUGCCCCUGCUUUGCAUGAGGCAGACAUUGGACUUGCAAUGGGCAUAGCAGGAACAGAGGUCGCCAAAGAAAAUGCUGAUGUCAUUAUAUUGGAUGACAACUUUGCGACUAUUGUAAAUGUAGCCAAAUGGGGGCGUGCGGUAUAUAUAAACAUUCAAAAAUUUGUGCAGUUCCAGUUAACUGUUAAUGUUGUUGCCCUGGUGCUGAAUUUUGUUUCUGCAUGUAUCUCUGGAUCUGCUCCCCUAACGGCUGUCCAGUUGCUUUGGGUAAACAUGAUUAUGGACACUCUUGGGGCGCUGGCAUUGGCUACAGAACCUCCAAAUGAAGGUCUUUUGAAGAGGCCCCCAGUUGGUAGGGGUGUGAGCUUUAUCACCAUGGCCAUGUGGAGAAAUAUUAUUGGUCAAAGUAUAUAUCAACUUGCUGUCCUUGGAGUUCUCAAUUUUGAUGGGGAGCGGCUACUAAAACUUAGUGGGUCUGAUGCAACUGAGGUUCUCAACACUGUGAUAUUCAACUCGUUUGUGUUUUGCCAGGUGUUUAAUGAGAUAAACAGCCGGGAUAUAGAGAAGAUAAACAUAUUACGAGGAAUAUUUGACAGCUGGAUAUUCCUAGGAGUCAUGGUUUCCACAGUGAUUUUCCAAGUAAUCAUAGUUGAGUUUCUGGGGACUUUUGCAAGCACUGUGCCACUAAGCUGGCAACUAUGGCUACUCUGCGUCCUACUUGGAUCGGUUAGCUUGCCGAUUGCUGUUAUCCUAAAAUGCAUCCCCGUCGGAAGAGAUACAGUUAAGCACCAUGAUGGUUACGAUGCGCUCCCCACAGGCGAAGAACGGGCUUGAGACGGGGAAGGAGGAGAUACAGCUUUUGUUUUUCCCUUUUUUGAAGCAACUUCAGAGGUAGGCCAACUGACUGGUAGACGGUAGAAUGACAUGGAUCGUGGAUUUUCCUUUCGUAGUGACUGCACUGACCCGUAUAAAGAUGACCCGAUUUGCCUCUUUUUCUCUAUACUUGGGGCACAUUGCUGGCAGAAGUACCUUUCAGGCUCUCAGCCUAGCCCUUUUCUUGCUAAAAGAAACUCUUAAUAAAUUCUACGAUUUCGCUUCUUAUUUUUUUUUUCUUGGACAUUAUAUUUCAUUGUGGAAUGCUUUUUUUUUUUUUUUUAAUGCCUGCGGGACAUUAGAAUUACAAAAGAAACGUUUCUGAUGUUGCACUUGAACAUUAUUCUUUUAUCGUUAUUUUAUUCAUUUUAUCUGACAUCAUGGUAUGUUUGGAUUCCCAAUUA